AUGGAAAACCAGUCAGACCAGUGUCCUUCCCCUCGGACUGAGGAGGAAUUAAAAAAUCCCGGUAGGGUGUCCUGGACAGGGGAGAGUCCUGGAUACCCGGAAGCUCCCUCGAAGAUGAGGAGGGCACCUGCACUAGAGUCAUUGGAAACUGGAAGGCUAACCCUAACAGCCGGACAGCCACCCGGAGGUAUGUCCACCACCUUGGGCUUAGCGGACGGGGCAGGAUGCUCUGGUUAUGAAGGCGGCAGAUCCAGAGUUGGAAAAAAUUUAAUCAUAGGGCUAGGUUGUGUGGUUGCGAGGUUAUCUCCGUCUCCCUUGGCUCUUGUUCGCCAUUGGCUCAGGGUCUCACGGUGUGGACUAGCCGGCACAACACGUCAUCGGAAGGUUGAUCUUUACAUUCCUCCUCCGUCUUGGAAGGACACUAAAAGACCAGGAGCCAUUGUCGAGGACAUCUGGCCGGAACUGUCCUUCCUCCCGAAGGAUCAUAAUUAUAAUCAGAGCGACGCAGAGGCUAAGGGUAGGCAGCCAAGCAGACCUGGAAGAGCAGGACCCAAGCCCGCAAUUAAUCCGUUGAUUGCGCCUGCCCCUAUGAUAAUUAGUUAUGCUCUGGAGGAUGAGAACGAUUUGUGA